AGGCCUGAUGAGGAGGUGGUAGUGGACCAGGGAGGGACCAGCUCAGUGCUAAACAUCCACUAUGAGAAGGAGGAACUUGAAGGUCACAGGACUUUGUUUGUGGGUGUACGGAUGCCCAGGCAGAGCCAUCGUCACCACAAGGCCCACGGCUCUCGGCACCGCAAGAAAGACAGAAGGGCAGGAAGCAUCGCAGCACAACAAAGCGAGGCAACUGAGACGACCACAUCCUCUCAUGAUACGCCGUCCCAGCGGGUCCAGUUCAUUCUGGGAACAGAGGAGGAUGCUGAACAUGUGUCCCACGAGCUGUUCACUGAGCUGGAUGAGAUCUGUGUGAAGGAUGGCAAGGAUGCUGAGUGGAAAGAAACAGCCAGGUGGCUGAAGUUUGAGGAAGAUGUGGAGGAUGGUGGAGAAAGAUGGAGUAAGCCCUAUGUUGCUACUCUCUCUCUCCACAGUCUGUUUGAGCUGCGCAGUUGCAUCAUCAAUGGCAGCGUCCUGCUUGACAUGCAUGCUGACUGCAUUGAAGAGAUUGCAGACAUGGUGCUAGACCACCAGGAGGCAUCCCAUGAGCUGAACGACAAUGCGAGGGUGAAGGUACGUGAGGCUCUGCUGAAGAGACACCACCAUCAGAAUGAGAAGAAGAAGAACCUGAUGCCCAUCGUACGGUCCAUCGCAGAGGUAACCCGAAAGCAGUCAGAGACCCAUCUGACAGGUGGUUCCGGCGACAUUUUAUAUUCAGAGACCUCUCUCUGUUGGCCUCCUCCAGUGCUAGAACCAGCCAAGAACGGACAAGACAGCACCCAAGUGGAUCUCAGCAAGGUGGACAUGCACUUCAUGAAGAAGAUCCCAGAGGGUGCAGAGGCCUCCAAUGUGCUGGUGGGAGAGCUGGACUUCCUGGAGAGGCCCAUCGUGGCUUUUGUCCGCCUUUCUCCUGCUGUGCUGCUCACUGGACUCACUGAAGUCCCCAUCCCUACCCGGUUCCUCUUCAUCCUCCUGGGCCCAGAUGGAAAGGCUCAGCAAUACCAUGAAAUUGGACGCUCCAUGGCAACCAUCAUGACUGAUGAGAUAUUCCAUGAUGUAGCGUACAAGGCAAAAGACAGAGGUGACCUGCUGGCUGGGAUAGAUGAGUUCCUGGACCAGGUGACUGUCCUGCCACCAGGGGAAUGGGACCCCUCCAUACGCAUCGAGCCUCCUAAGAAUGUCCCCUCUCAGGAGAAGAGGAAGAUGCCUGGAGUCCCUAAUGGCACAGCCUGCCAGGUGGAGGAAGAGCUGCAUGCUGAGCACCAUGGGCCAGAGCUGCAAAGAACUGGAAGGUUGUUUGGUGGUCUGAUACUGGACAUUAAAAGAAAGGUUCCGUUCUAUGUGAGUGACUUUAAGGAUGGUCUUAGUCUCCAGUGUGUGGCCUCCUUCCUCUUCCUCUACUGUGCCUGCAUGUCUCCUGUCAUUACCUUUGGAGGACUGCUGGGAGAGGCGACAGAAGGACGCAUUAGUGCCAUUGAGUCCUUACUCGGUGCGUCUAUGACUGGAGUUGCCUACUCUCUGUUUGCUGGCCAACCCCUAACCAUCUUGGGAAGCACAGGUCCUGUGCUGGUUUUUGAGAAGAUCCUCUUUAAAUUCUGCAAGGACUAUGACCUGUCUUAUCUGUCACUGAGGACUUGCAUCGGCCUGUGGACAGCUUUCCUGUGUUUGUUGCUGGUUGCCACAGAUGCUAGCUCUCUGGUGUGUUACAUCACUCGGUUCACAGAGGAGGCCUUCGCUGCUCUCAUCUGCCUCAUCUUCAUCUACGAGGCUCUGGAGAAGCUAUUCCACUUGGGAGAAAUAUAUCCCUUCAACGCACACAGUGAUCUGGACAAACUCACACUGGCAUACUGUAAGUGUGCAGAGCCUGAUCAUCCCAGUAAUAAAACCUUAGAGCUGUGGAGUGAUAGAAACAUCACAGCUGCUGCUGUACCCUGGGCCAACCUUACUGUCAAGGAGUGUAUCAAUCUGCAGGGACACUUUGUUGGGACGGCAUGUGGCCAUCAUGGCCCCUACACCCCAGAUGUUCUCUUCUGGUCUACCAUCUUGUUUUUCUCGACCUUCUUCAUGUCUGCAUUCCUCAAACAAUUCAAAACUAGCCGUUACUUCCCCACCAAGGUGCGGUCCAUGAUCAGUGACUUUGCAGUGUUCCUGACCAUCGUCUUCAUGGUUUUGCUUGACUAUGUAAUUGGGGUGCCCUCCCAGAAGUUACAGGUGCCCAGCAAAUUCCAGCCCACCAGAGACGACCGAGGGUGGUUGAUCAAUCCAAUAGGGCGCAACCCAUGGUGGACAGUCCUGGCAGCCUCUAUUCCUGCUCUUCUUUGCACCAUCCUCAUAUUCAUGGACCAACAAAUAACUGCUGUCAUCAUCAACCGAAAAGAGCACAAACUGCUAAAGGGUUGUGGGUACCAUCUGGACCUGCUAAUGGUUGGGGUGAUGCUGGCGGUGUGCUCCAUCAUGGGCUUGCCCUGGUUCGUAGCUGCCACAGUCCUGUCCAUCUCUCAUGUGAAUAGCCUGAAGCUGGAGUCAGAGAGCUCGGCUCCAGGAGAGCAGCCUCGUUUCCUGGGCAUACGAGAGCAGAGGCUCACUGGCUUGGUCAUCUUUCUGCUCAUGGGCUGCUCUGUAUUCAUGACUGGAGCCCUGCAGUUCAUUCCUAUGCCGGUGUUGUAUGGUGUUUUCCUUUACAUGGGAGCCUCUUCAUUAAAAGGCAUCCAGUUUUUUGACCGUCUGAAGUUGUUUGGGAUGCCAGCGAAGCAUCAGCCAGACUUCAUCUACCUGCGUCACGUCCCCUUGAGGAAGGUGCAUCUGUUCACUCUCACUCAGCUCACCUGUCUGGUGCUGCUCUGGGUCAUCAAGACCUCACCUGCUGCUAUCGUCUUUCCCAUGAUGGUGCUGGCUCUGGUAUUCAUCCGCAAACUUCUGGACUUCUGCUUCUCUAAACGAGAGCUAAGCUACCUGGAUGAUUUAAUGCCUGAGUGGAAGAAAAAAAAUCUUGAUGAUGCUUCCAAAAAGAUGGAGGAGCAGCAAGCCUGUUCAGACCCCCAAAACACAUGA